UAGAGUGUUACUGUUAGGUUGUGGUUUUCUAUUUUCAAACUAGGCUAAGUUUAUUGUGUGAAAGUUUAAAGAAUUGUAUAAGUUAGCCUAAAUAUAAUUAAAGACCUUGUUUUAUUUUUAUUUUCUAUAUUUAUUACGCUAACAUAAUCUGGUUAAUUUAUUUAAAGCGGAACUUCUCUAAAACAUUAGUCAAGUUAACCUAGCCUAAUAGAAUAUUGCAUCAUGACAAUUUGAAUUAGCUUGUGAUUUGGUCCAGUAAAAUAAUAUGCUUGGAAGUCAACAAAUAUAUCAAACAUUAUUCAAAAGAAGUUUGAUUUUCACAUUCAUGGGUUUACCUACAUGUGUUCGGCUGGCUCAUACUGAAAAUGAAGUUCGCGUCCGUUUUGCUCCAAGCCCUACAGGUUUUUUGCAUCUCGGGGGCCUCAGGACGGCACUUUACAACUUUUUGUUCGCCAAGUCAAAAGGGGGAACAUUUAUCUUGAGGAUAGAGGACACAGAUCAGACCCGGCUUGUGGAGGGAGCAAUGGAACAAUUGCAAGAGGACUUGGAAUGGGCUGGGAUUAUACCAGAUGAAAGUCCUUUAAAAGGGGGAAAGUUCGGACCUUACCAGCAGUCCAAGCGACUGGAUCUUUACAAGACUGCAGUAGAACAGCUAAUACAAAAUGGCGCUGCCUACCACUGCUUCUGCACGGAACACAGAUUGGAACUGCUGAGGAAAGACGCUCUACGCAGACGACAGACUCCACGAUACGACAACAGAUGUCGACAUCUCAGUAAGGAGGAAGUGGAGGACAAGUUGAAAUCAGGUGGACAACAAUGUGUUAGAUUAAAGCUGGUCCCGGGAUGUGAGACAUACCAUGACCUGGUGUAUGGCAACAUCACUCACGACGUUGUUGCUUGUGAAGGCGACCCUGUCAUAUUCAAGUCUGAUGGUUUCCCAACGUAUCACCUGGCCAACGUGGUAGACGACCACCACAUGCGGAUAACGCAUGUUCUGCGAGGAGUAGAGUGGCAGUCGUCAACUCCAAAACAUCUCAUGCUGUACAAAGGACUAGGUUGGGAGCCUCCUGAGUUUGCACAUCUCCCCCUACUGAUGAACGCAGACGGUACCAAGCUCUCCAAGAGGCAAGGAGACAUCACAGUGAAGCAUUACCGCAGUGAUGACGUUCUGCCGCAGGCUCUCGUCAACUUUGUCACCUUCUCCGGGGGAGGCUUUCAUCGAGACAACAGUGAUCAAGUGAGGAGUCUCAGCACGGAUCAGCUCGCUGCUGAGUUUGAUCUGGGUCUGGUUGGAGUAGCUUCGUGCCGAGUAUCUCUGGAGCGCUUGGACGACUUCAACAAGGCUGAACUUGCCAGACAAAUGGCCAAUGAAACUGAAAUGGCUGCCUUGGUCAAACAGUUCCGAUCCAAAGUGGCUGAAACGUAUAAAGACCAGUUGGAGCUGGACCUCAACGAGGAUUACGUCAGGUCAGUGAUGCAGUGGAGUCUGCAGAGAAUCACUCGGCUGAGUCAGCUGGCCGGACCUAACUUCUCCUAUCUGUGGGUCAGGCCACCAGUGACCAACAUCAGUGAGCAGCAAGCAGAGUGGGUGUCUGCAGUGUAUGAACAUCUCCAAGCCACUGAUGACUUCACUCAGAAACCGCUGUCGGACAGUCUACGAGUUGUGGCCAAACAGUCAAAGGUCAAGGUCAUGGAGGUCAUGCAUCUCAUGAGGAUGAUACUGUGUGGUAGAAAGGAAGGUCCUGCGGUGGGAGAGAUGUUGGAAAUGUUAGGCAGAGAGACGUCACUGAAUAGAAUUCAAGCUACGUUAAACUCUCAUCAGCAAAGCAAUACUGAAAAGACAUCUUCACAGUCUGGUGGGUGAUAUAGUAAAGUAUAG